AUGCCAUGCCCAAAUACUGAUCCAGUGGCAGCGCUUGAUUGGCUCUUCUCAUCUUUGGAGAAGGAUCUGAAGGAAUCGAAGAUGUGGCCGAUCCGAUUGAUGCAGCACAAGCAUCAAGACACACUGAGAAAUCUUCUUGCAAAGCAUUCGCAGCUCAUUGAAGAGAAGUAUUUUGUGCUCCAGCAGUGGAAGGUCCAGAAGGACGCUGGCCAAUCCCUGGACUUGGCCGUGCUCACCGGGGUGAUUGUGGAUGUGGCCUCUAUCCGUGAUGCUUACUUAGGUGAUGCUGCGGCCGCUGCAGGCCUUUGCAAGCCCAAAGGUGGCAAAAAGAGGAAGUCAGCUGACACAAGCCAAGACCAUCGCUCGAAGAGACCUCGGCUCACUCCAUUUAUUUCCCCUCAUGUGCUGGCUCAAGAAACUGCACAUUCAGCUGUUACUUGGUGCAAAUCACUUGGUGGAAAGCUUCCUCCCACUGACUUGGUUGGGAGGAUUGGACGUACUGGAUGCCAUGGCCGCCACAAAGGCAACAUAGAACGAGAUUGCCAAACAGUCAUCAAUACCUUUGGAAAAAGAUUUGGAGCUACGAUAUCUACUGCCCCUAUUCGAAUGUGGAACCCUAAGAAGUCACGCAUUGAGGUCAAAAAUCUACCGCUCAUUUUCCCAGAUGACUUUGCGUCAGCUUUGUGGGCCCGCUCCCCUCAACUUUUCCGGAAGAUGCUUCUGGGGGAUGGGAAUGUGCGUGAGUAUUGGGAACAUUGCAGGAAUUUUUGCGACUGGUUCAGGUCACACCCAUCCUACAAUCACCCGAACAACUGGGACAAUAUGGUUCCUAUGUCACUUUACGGUGAUGAUGUGCAAACAUUUCGAAAUUCUGAAUGUGGGGCGAUGUCAAUCGUGGCAUGGUCUAGCGACCUUUCAACAGGGAACUCGUUCAAAUCACGGUAUUUUUUGAUCACGGCAUUUUCUGAGUACGAGGAGUGCGCUUACACUUUCAAUGACUUGAUGUCUGAGAUUUCGAAACGGAUCAUAAUGAUGGUCACUCCAAAGAUGGCACGAGAAAAACAGUACCCAUGGCUGAAAGGUGACUACAGCUUCAUGUUGUCAAGCUUACAAGGGGACCUGAAAUGGGUGAACCACACCUACGGCAACCUGUUUGAUUACCGCAGCAAUGACUUUUGUGGCUAUUGCAUGUGCAAAAAACGUCAUGACGUGAUUGGGAUGACCUUGGGUGAUUUCACAGCUUCUGCCUUGCAUGCGUCUACUACCAGAGUGUAUAGACACGAGGAUCUUGUCAAUCGUUCCGCAGUCUACACAAUUCCAGGGGCACACCCCAAGAGGAUACUGCAUGAUAUGGCGCAUAGCCAAUAUCUUGGAACUGGAAAGACAUUGAACGGUGGCGCGCUGGUUGUGCUAUGUGAAACCGGCCUGUGGGGAAACAUGCAGGGGCCAGGCAAGUAUGAUGAAAAACUUCAAGUUGCCUUGCAAGAGGCGCACGCUGAUUUUCUUGCAUGGAAGAAGCAAAAUAAAAUUGCUUGUACCCAACCUCGUUUCACACUAGCUAGGGUGAAUAGACGACAUCGCCAAAUGUGGCCGGUUCUGAAUUCCAAAGCAAUUGCUGGAAAAACAAUUUCUUUUUUCCUCACAGAACGUGCUGUUGCUUGGGCAAACAGACCUAAUGCAACGCUGUUGGAGAAAACGCUGGCAACAUGCCUCUGGAGCUAUGCCCGGAUGGUAAGCGUCAUGGAUUCUGCCAAAAACAUUUUUACGGAGGCAGAAGCAGAGCAAUUUCAGGAACAUUGUUUUGUGCAUUUGCAAGCAUAUGCAAAUUUGAAUGUACAGGGCUUUAAGGCCAAAGGAAAAGAACCAGGAAGAAAUUGUUUUGUGUUGCUACCAAAGCACCACUUUUUGUAUCACGCAGGGGUUGACGCGAAGGAAACGCGAUUAAACCCAAAACAUUUUAUGUUGCUCAGUGCAGAAAGCUUUGUUGGCUACGUUGGGCGUAUUGGACGCCGCGCGCAUCGUUCUUCGCUAACGUUGCGCACAAUUCAAAAGUAUUUGGCACUCAUGCACUUGCAUGUGCAAAGGUUGGAGAGGGGUGAGCAGAGUUAA